AUGUGUUCUUUGGAGAAUGAGAUGUCUGUCUUUGAUAAGAUGUUUCUCCUUGGAGGUAUACUUGGCUCAGGGUUUGCUCUUAAAGUUCAACAAAAGCAACGACAAAAACAUUUCAAUAGACAGAUUCCAGCAGCAGCUACACUCAUACAAUGUUUAUGGCGCUGUUAUGCAGCAGAUAACAAGCAUGUAUUUAACGCCACCUGGCGAAUACACGUUCAGGAUAAACACACAAACACUUUAAAAAACGUCGCAAGACGAGCUAGUCUUAUGCGGCGGAGAAAAUUUUCCAAGCCAAAAUUGGACCUCAGUGGCCUUAAUAAUCAUAUAGGGAAUCAUCCUGUGUUAGAGAGAAAGGACAGUGAAAGCUCAAUGGUGUUCUAUGCUGAGGAACCAAACAAACAAGCCUCCCCAUCAAGGAAAAAGUCAGUGGUGCAGGCACCCAACCUUGAAAAGUACUCUGAUAAACUGUAUUCCUCUAUGAAUGAAGGGGAUGAUAUACCUGAUGGGGAUUACACUAAUUAUUUUGGGGAGCAUUGUCAAAAACCUGUACAGUUAACUGAAGCUCACAAAACAGCUAUACGUGUAAUAAGAAGAAUCAGAUAUUUUGUAGCCAGAAGAAAAUUUCAGCAAGCUAGGAAACCUUAUGACGUGCGUGAUGUCAUAGAACAAUACUCUCAAGGUCAUCUUAACAUGAUGGUGCGCAUAAAAGAACUUCAAAGAAGGCUAGACCAGACCCUUGGUAAACCUGGAGUGUGGUCAAUGUCCAGUGACAAAGACAAACAGAAACAGACACUUUGUGCAAGGAUGAUAAGGGUAGAGAGUCAGGUGAACAAAAUGGACCAGAAAUUAGACCAAGCAUUAUUUCUACUCAACACACUUGUGAAGCAGCGCCAACAGAUCAAUGAAGAUUCAAAGGAAGAUCAAGUCUGA